AUGAGCGGCAGCGGGCGGCCCAGGACCAGCUCGUUUGCUGAGCCGCCAGGAGUUCCAGGAGCCGCCGCCGCGCCCGCCGGAUCAGCCGCUGCCGUGGGGAGCAGCACAGGAAAGUCCGGGGUCCCACAGGCCUCCGGCAGCAGUUUAUCGGGAUGCUCCAAUCUCAAGCUAGCCAGAGACAGCGGAAAGGUGACGACGGUGGUGGCCACGCCGGGUCAGGGCCCGGACCGCCCGCAAGAGGUGUCCUACACUGACAUCAAGGUGAUCGGGAACGGUUCGUUCGGGGUGGUUUACCAGGCGCGACUCAUCGACAGCCAGGAGAUGGUGGCCAUCAAAAAAGUUCUCCAAGACAAGAGGUUCAAGAAUCGUGAGCUGCAGAUCAUGAGGAAGUUGGACCACUGUAACAUCGUCAGACUACGUUACUUCUUCUACUCAAGCGGAGAGAAGAAGGAUGAAGUGUACCUCAACUUGGUGCUGGACUUUGUCCCCGAAACGGUCUACAGGGUUGCCCGGCAUUUCAACAAGAACAAGAGCAUCAUUCCUAUCAUCUAUGUCAAGGUGUACAUGUACCAGCUGUUUCGCAGUUUGGCUUAUAUCCACUCGCAAGGUGUGUGUCACCGGGACAUCAAACCGCAGAACCUGCUGGUGGACCCAGAAACUGCCAUCCUCAAGCUGUGUGACUUUGGCAGUGCCAAGCAGCUGGUGCGCGGCGAGGCCAACGUGUCGUACAUCUGCUCACGCUACUACCGGGCGCCCGAACUCAUCUUCGGAGCCACCGACUACACGGCCAACAUCGACAUCUGGUCGGCAGGCUGCGUCCUGGCCGAGCUCCUGCUAGGCCAGCCCAUCUUCCCCGGAGACAGCGGCGUGGACCAGUUGGUGGAGAUUAUCAAGGUGCUCGGCACCCCGACGAGGGAGCAGAUCCGGGAGAUGAAUCCCAACUACACAGAAUUCAAGUUCCCGCAGAUCAAAGCUCAUCCAUGGACCAAGGUGUUCAAACCGCGCACACCGCCGGAAGCCAUUUUGCUGUGUUCUCGCCUGCUUGAGUACACGCCAGCCUCGCGCCUCUCGCCGCUGGAGGCCUGUUCGCAUACCUUCUUCGACGAGCUGCGGCAGCCCAACACGCGGCUCCCUAGCGGGCGAGAGCUGCCCAUGCUUUUCAACUUCAGCACUACAGAGUUGUCUAUCCAACCUCAGCUGAACUCCACACUUAUCCCUCCGCACGCUCGUGCUCACACAGCUGCUUCCUCUCACGAUGGUACCGGCCCAGAUGCCUCCCAACUUGGAUCAGUACCAGGAACUCUUAACAGCAUCUGA